UUGGACCCAAGAUCAAUAUAUUAUCUAUCCUCAAGAUUAGUGCUUAGCCGUGAAGUCAUAGUCCAUGUUUGGCCAUCAGUGAAUGUUGUGGUCAAUUCUCCAAAGAGGACUUGAACAAAAUGUUCGUCAACAAGUCAAUAGUGCCAAUAGUAAAGUUGCUUUGCUGAUCAAGCAUUUCUCCUUGACCAUGGACUAAACUGUGUUUACUAAGCUACUUUAUAGCCUAGGGAUGGCUAAACAUAAAUACCACAACAAGCAAGGAGAAGAAGAAAUAGAGGCACGCAUCCUGCUCCCAAACCUACAGCGUAGAAUUCACAUGAUAAUGUAGAAACAUUUUUCUUCCAAAUGGACUACUACUUGUCAUGGAGAUGUCUAUUGCUGGUCCUCUGCACUCUGAACUCCAUGUUUCUGAGUUGUUCGGGCUGCUUCUUGGAGCAGAGAGCGUCCCUCAUGGAUAUUAGCUCUCGCCUCAUAAUCUUUGGGCAUGACUAUGAGAAUCAGAUGCACAGUUCUUGGGGAGUCGGUGAUGACUGCUGUUCGUGGAAAGGGAUCACAUGCGACAAUAGCACAGGGCUAAUAUCGCAUCUCGACCUUUCCCCAAUCGACCAAGAUAUGGACCAUAUGGAAGAAAUGGAAGGUGAAUGCAUCUGGCACCUUAGCUUGACGAUCUUUUCUUUAUUUCCAGAGCUUCAGCUACUAAAUAUCUCAGGACUGUUCGCUUGUUUACAUAAUUUUGAGGGUAUGUAACUCCUGUUGCAUCCAUGAAACUCCACUUUUAUUCAUCCAAAUUUUUUGAUUACGAUUCAUCAUUCUGAAGCAAAUGAUUCAUCAGGUCUCCAAGGAUUGAGUAAGCUCAAGUAUCUCGACCUCAGUUUCAACAGUUUACUAGGGGGCAUCCCAGGAUCUGUUGGUAAGCUGGUUUCUCUAGAAGUCAUAAAUCUCAAUGGAAACGUCAUGGGUGGGACUCUUCAUAGUACAGGUCUCAGAAAUCUCCAUAACCUGCGUGAAUUGCAUUUGGGAUCCAAUGAAUUGAGUGGUAGCCUCCCAGCAUCCUUAUUUGCACUUCCACGCCUUGAGUACUUGGAUCUUUCAGACAACCUCUUGCAUGGACAUAUACCUAUAAAUUCAUCUUGGAACCUGCGAGAAUUGCGUCUGAGAUCCAAUAAAUUGAGUGGUAGCAUCCCAGCAUCAGUGUUUGCACUUCCAUGCCUGGAGUACUUGGAUCUUUCAGACAACCUCUUGCAAGGAUAUGUACCCAUAAACUUAUCUUCAAAGUGUUCCUCAUUGCUUCAAACUAUCAGGUUAUCCAAAAACAAGCUAAGCGGUAAAUUUUCUUUUUUCUGGUUAAGAAACUGUGUGAAGCUCAAACAGAUAGAUCUGUCCCGGAAUACUGAUUUGGUCGUUCAAGUGGAACUGCAUGGUUGGGUACCAAAAUUUCAAUUGAAUACACUAAGGCUCUCUUGGUGUAACCUUGAUAAGAGCAUGAUUACUGAGCCAAAUUUCCUCCGCACACAGCAUCAUCUACGUUUUCUCGAUUUGUCCAACAAUAAUUUGCCGGGAAACAUGCCUGACUGGUUGUUCACAAAUGAAGCCACACUGGUUUACCUGAAUCUUGCAAACAACUCACUAGUUGGAUCGCUAGAUCGGGUAUGGCAACACCAAACUUACCUUAAACAAGUUAACAUAUCUCUGAACCUAGUUGAAGGACAGCUGCCAGCCAACAUCAGUUUGAUGUUUCCUAAUCUUACAAUUCUUGAUGUUUCCCACAAUAUUAUAUCUGGAACGAUACCACCAUCGCUCUGCAACAGCAGCAUACAACUUAUGGACCUAUCAAAUAACAGAUUUACAGGAGAAGUGCCAUCCUGCUUGUUCACUGAUUUUUACGCACUGAAUGUAUUGAAGCUCUCAAACAAUAGUCUCGGGGGUAAGAUACUUGAUGGGGUUAGUAGCUUCUCUGGUCACCUGUGGGCAAUAUACCUCGACAACAACAAAUUUGAAGGAACUCUCCCUAGAAAUCUGUCUGGUGAUAUAGCCCUCAUGGAUUUACAUGGUAACAAGAUGUCAGGAGAACUGAGCACUUCAUUAUGGUUUCUUCCUUCACUGGAAGCUUUGAGCCUUUCUUGUAAUGGUUUAACUGGUGCCAUUCAUCCAGGAAUUUGCACAUUAACAAAACUUCGGAUAUUAGAUCUGUCAGAAAACUACUUUACGGGGCAUAUUCCAAACUGCAGCACUGUAUUACCUCUCGAGUUUCUGAGUGUAUCUGGGAAUUCACUGUCAGGCUUCCCGAGUGCGUUUUUCUUCAGCUCGUCCAUUACAGCUCUGGAUCUCAGCCAUAAUCAGUUCACAGGCAACCUUGAGUGGGCACAAUAUCUUUCUCAAAUCAGUGUACUUUUGUUAAGCAGGAACAAGUUUGUGGGACAGAUCUCUUCAAAUCUGUGUCGUCUCCAACGCUUGAGUAUAAUUGACAUCUCCCACAACAUACUUUCGGGUUCCAUACCACCAUGUAUUGGUGGCAUUGCACUUGAAGACCCUGAUGAUUACGAGUACGGUUGGCCCUCAAUUGGGAUAACUUACUCUACAGGAGAUUAUGCCGUGGGCAUGUACAGCAGUCAUUAUGAACCCCAAGGCUUCACCUUCACGACUAAAGGGAACUCAUACACAUAUGGACAAAACUUCUUCAUGUGGAUGUCUGGCAUUGACUUCUCUUCGAACAUGCUAUCAGGUGAUAUUCCGAAGGAGAUGGGGAAUUUGAGCCAUAUAAAGUCUCUCAAUUUGUCAAACAAUUUCUUGACCGGACUGAUUCCUACAACCUUCGGUAACAUGAGUGAAAUCGAAAGCUUAGACCUUUCAGGAAACAAGCUGGAUGGAACCAUACCAUGGCAGUUAACUCGGUUAUCAUCAUUGGAAGUGUUCUCUGUGGCGUACAACAACUUAUCUGGAUGUCUACCAGCCACUGGUCAGCUCGGCACAUUUGAUGUGGACAGUUACAGAGGGAACGGCAACCUUAGGUCAUGCACUUCCAGUUCAUAUCCCGUUGCACGGAAUGGCACGGGAGGAAAUGCGCGUGGCGAUUCUGAUCCGAUCAUCUACGUGGUCACUGCUGUUUCAUUCGUCUUGGCGUUUUGGGCCACUAUCACAUUCGUAUUCUGCCAUCCAUUUGGGCAGCGUGUUAUUCUGAAACUGUAAUAAGUAAAAAGAGAGAGACUACUGAUUAAUAGUGAUGAUGUGAAGCAACAUUGGCAGAUCACUUUAGUAA